AUGCGACAGCAAGCUUGCAAUAAGUUGGCAAUUAGCGCCGGCUAUGAGAAAAAAACUUUUUCUGUAACCGGAGCAAUUUCCGUAGCUGUUUCUUCGUGGACUCUGGUAGCGAUAUCCUGCGAACGCUACUAUGCUAUUUGCCAUCCGCUGAGAAGUCGCACAUGGCAAACACUAAAUCACGCCUAUCGCAUUAUCGGCUUCAUUUGGUUUGGCAGCGUUUUGUGUAUGACGCCUAUAGCGAUAUUUAGCCAAUUGAUGCCAACCAGCCGGCAAGGCCUCCGCAAAUGUCGCGAACAAUGGCCCGCAGACAGUCUCGCCUACGAACGUUCCUACAAUAUUUUUUUAGAUCUCAUUUUACUCGUGCUCCCCCUACUGAUACUCAGCUUUGCGUAUAUAUUGAUUACACGCACCCUGUAUGUGGGUAUGCAGAAUGAACGUGCCAUGAUUUUCGGCAGCGUCGCCUCGUCUGCUGUAGCCGGCGGAGGUGGAAGUGGCGGUGGAAAAUUGGGCAAUGAAGUGGAUGCUUUAACCACAGCACUGGUACCGAAUACAACAACUACAACAAAGCCAGCGAAUAGAUUUCAAUUCAAUGUCUCCUUUCGUGUACGUGGCCGCAGUAGUAUUAGUGUUGGCGGUGAUGAUUACGAGACGACACAAGAGCGCCGACACUCCAUGAAGAAAUCAACAUCCCAAAGUCGGCAGUUACAACAACAGCAGUCACUACAAGAACAGCAAAAGAAAAUUGUAGAGCAACGUCAACACUGUUAUGACGACGUCGUUCCAACGCCAGCAAUGACGACAACGGCGAUAACUCAGAAACGUAAACUACUCACGGCGACAGAUGGGCGGCGUCAUUUGUAUUGCAUGGGGGCCGGUUCGAUAAAAUCACUGAAUCACAAUAAUAAUGACCGCAGUGGAGGACUGGGGGGCAGUAGCAGCAGCGUGUCACCAUCCUCUUCGAUGACUGUGAUUAAUGUGCCGCAACAGCAGCGAUUUAAGUUGUACCAGCAGCGACAUCAAAGCCAACAGCAACUAAAUCAACAUCAGCAGCAACAACAACAACAACAACAACAACUGCAGAUAUACUUGGAACAGGAUAUGGAACGAAGUAAAUCAACAUCGACGCCAAGCCUGCGGUUACACGAUACCGCACUGAGAAGGUCCAACAAGACGAAAAGUCUGGAGAGCAAGAAGCGCGUCAUCAAAAUGCUGUUUGUGCUCGUGCUCGAAUUCUUCAUCUGCUGGACGCCAUUAUAUGUGAUUAAUACGGUAGCGAUGUUCAUUGGGCCGGCCAUCUAUGAAUAUGUGGAUUACACAUCGAUUUCCUUUUUUCAAUUGCUCGCCUACUCCAGCAGCUGUUGCAAUCCAAUAACCUAUUGCUUCAUGAACGCCGGCUUUCGUCGCGCUUUCCUCGACACCUUCAAGGGCAUUCAGCUGAGUGGGGGGUUUUUUCGGCGUAAAAACUCAUCGAACCUCUCGGUGGCGGGAAACUCAAUUAUAAUGGCCAACAGCGGCACCAUGAUGACCACAAACACUGUCCUGGACAGUCCGCGGCUCUGAGGGCAAAAGCGACGCCAGCACGGCAGAAUUCCAAAAUGGCAGCGACAGAUGUCUGAUUCGGUGUAGAUCAGCAUGUUUGGGCGGGCGGGUGCGAGUGGUUGGUAGGGAAGAGCAGUGCUCUUAGUACGUCGUUUUGAUUACAUUCACUAAUUAUAUGUAUUUAUGUGUAAGUGCAGAUAUUUUAAUGAAAUAAUAAUAAAAAUAUUGUUAUGCAAGAAAUAAAAUUUGAUGAAUUUGGCGAGUGCGAGGCUAUGUAAAUAAUUUGUGAAUUUUCCAAAAAUUCAUAAAUCAAAUUAAUAAAAUUACAUACAAGGUGGAAUGAGGUGAGGUGAAUUAUUGAGGUGAAUUAUUGGCCAACAAAUUGGCUCGUAAAAUUAACUAUACAAAUACAAACAAAGUUGUGAUCUAUGUACAUAUAUACACUGGUGGUCACGUAAUUGAGUCACUUUAUCUUUUUUCAAUAACCGCAAUAUU